AUGGAGGUGCUGUCCGCCCCUUGUUGCUCCUAUUCCUCUCCUUCUUCCUCGUCUUCUUCCACCAGGGCGGCAGGAUUCUCACGGCGGGGCAAGCCGCCUCCGUUCUCGCUCCUCGGUGGUGCCCCCGCCACCGCCUCCGCGCGCUUUAGGACCGCGGUGGUGGACUGCCACGGCCGCACCAGGGUCCUCCCGGCGUACCCGCUGCGGCCCUCCCACCCGCUAUCCUCCUCCGCCGCCGCCUCGGGGCGCCAUGGGGCCGCGCUCCUGCGCCGGCGCGCCGGCUGCGCUCGGCGGGUCCGGCGGCCCUCUGCCAUCUCCGCCGUGUUCGAGCGCUUCACGGAGAGGGCGAUCAAGGCGGUGAUCUUCGCGCAGAAGGAGGCGCGCGCUUUGGGCGGGGACAUGGUCUUCACCCAACACCUCCUCCUGGGGCUCAUCGCCGAGGACCGCUCCCCCGAGGGGUUCCUCAGCUCCGGCAUCACCAUCGACGCCGCCCGCCGCGCCGUGCAGACCAUCUGGGCCGACGCCGCUGGCGGCGCCCCGGCCGGCGGGGGGUUGCAGGCCACCGACGUGCCCUUCUCCAUCAGCACCAAGAGGGUCUUCGACGCCGCCGUGGAAUACUCCCGCAGCAUGCGCUGCAACUUUGUCGCCCCUGAGCACAUCGCCAUCGGCCUCCUCACUGUCGACGACGGCAGCGCCGGCCAGGUCCUCAAGAGGUGACCGCCCCCCUUCCUCUUUCCCUCCCCAAUCCCAAUCCCAAUCCCAAUCCCCUCCUGAAAACUCGCUGAUCUCGCGGCGCUUCCUUUGAAUGGCAGCUUGGGAGCGGACAUCAACAAUCUGGCCUCGGUGGCGCUGUCCAGGCUCCAGGGGGAGCUCGCGAAGGAGGGGCGGGACCCCUCGGCGGCGGCGCCGCCGCCAAGGCUGCGUGAGAGAUCCCCCUCCAACAAAUCCGCCGCCUCGAGGACGCCGGAGAGGACGAAAGGUGGGUGGCGGCUCGCCGGAGUCCUUGCCCCAAAAUAAUUUCCGUUUUUCGAUCCGCUUGAAGAUCGAUCUCAUCUCUCUCCGUUCUUCCUCCUGCAGAGAAGAGCGUGCUGGCCCAGUUCUGCAACGACCUCACCGCCCAGGCCGCCGACGGCUUUAUCGACCCCAUCAUCGGCCGGGAAACCGAAGUCCAGCGGAUCGUCCAGAUCCUCUGCCGGCGGACGAAGAACAACCCCAUCCUGCUCGGCGAGCCAGGCGUCGGCAAGACCGCCAUCGCCGAGGGGCUCGCCAUCCGCAUCGCCGACGGCGAAGUCCCCAUCUUCCUCUCGGUACGCUGCCGCCGCCCCUCCCUUCCCUCCUCCAAUCACUUCUGAAGCUCACCUCGCCGACCUGCGCGCAUCUCCAGGGGAAGCGGAUAAUGUCGCUGGACAUCGGCUUGCUCAUGGCUGGCGCCAAAGAGAGGGGAGAGCUCGAGGCCCGCGUCACCGGCCUGAUCAGCGAGGUUAAGAAAGCAGGUGGAGAGAGAAACCUCCGAUCGCCGGCCCUCCAAUUCCUGUUCCACCCCCUCGCCACUCGUCGUCUCUUUCCACCGCCCCCAUCUCACCGGAAACCUGAAAACUGCAGGCGACGUGAUCCUCUUCAUCGACGAGGUACACACCCUCAUCGGCUCUGGCACAGUCGGAAGGGGAAGCAAGGGAUCAAACCUCGACAUUGGCAAUCUCCUGAAGCCCGCCCUCGGCCGGGGCGAGUUGCAGGUGAGUCCGCCGCCGCCGCUCAGCCAAUAAAAAGUAUACUCAUAUAUAGAGAGAUUGUUCUUGACGAUGGGGUCUCGGUGGUCCUGGCCAGUGCAUUGCCUCGACCACCAUUGAUGAGCACCGACUACACUUCGAGAAGGACAAGGCUCUGGCGCGCCGCUUCCAGCCGGUGCUGAUCAACGAACCCACGGAAGUAAACCCAUCGUCUCCCUCUUCCCGUCGCCUCCUCUUCUAGGGUUGGAUCGUUCUUUCGUUCAUUCGGACGAGGAGAUGAGUCUCUGCGUUUUUGUUCCUCAGGAGGACGCCGUGAAGAUCCUCGUCGGCCUGCGGGAGAAGUACGAGGCGCACCACCGAUGCCGCUUCACCAUGGAGGCCAUCGACGCCGCCGUCUACCUCUCCUCGAGGUAUAUCCCCGACCGGCAGCUCCCCGACAAGGCCAUCGACCUGAUAGACGAGGCCGGGAGCCGCGCCCGGAUGGACGCCUUCAAGAGGAAGAAGGAGCAGGCCACCUCCGUCCUUUCCAAGCCGCCGGAAGAGUACUGGCAGGAGAUCAAGGCCGUCCAGGCAAUGCACGAAGUGGUAAUGACCCUCCCCCCAUUCCCCGCCGGCGAUUCUCCGGCGAGCGAGCGACUGGGCGACGGAGCUCUCUGACGGGAAGUCUGCCCGUAGAUAACCAGCCGCGAUUGCCUGCUCUGCGCGCAGGUGAUUGCAAACCAGAUGAAGUAUUCCGCGGACGCCAGUGGCAAGGAGGAGCUCGGGGCCACGGCCGACGUGAAGCUCGUCUCGGAGCCCUCGUUCCCCUCGCCCUCUGACGACGACGAGUGAGCCUCCCCUUCCUCUGGUUUCAGAAGCCCGAGCGAGCUCCUCGCCGGUUUCUCUUCCGGGCUUACAGACGGAGCUCCGUUCUUUCUCUGCACCCCAGAGUCGUCGUCGUGGGAGCGGAGGAGAUCGCGGCCGUGGCGUCGUUGUGGUCGGGUAUCCCGGUCCAGCAGCUGACCGCCGACGAGAGGAAGACCCUGGUGGGCCUGGAGGAGCUGCUCCGGCGGAGGGUCAUUGGGCAGGACGACGCCGUCGGCGCCAUUUCCAGGGCGGUGAAGCGAUCGCGCGUCGGCCUCAACGACCCCGACCGCCCCAUCGCCGCUAUGCUCUUCUGCGGCCCCACAGGCGUCGGGAAGACGGAGCUCACGAAAGCUCUCGCCGACUGCUACUUCGGAUCGGUGCCGCCCCUCUCUCUCUCUCUCUCCCGCGCCAGCGGCGGUCCUUGCAAUGGCGGCGCCGCCUGACCUCCGCGUCGGUGUUGCAGGAGACGGCCAUGCUGAGGCUGGACAUGAGCGAGUACAUGGAGCGGCACACCGUGAGCAAGCUGAUAGGCUCGCCGCCGGGGUACGUCGGCUUCGGCGAGGGUGGGACCUUGACGGAGGCGGUCCGGCGGCAGCCGUUCACCGUCGUCCUGCUCGACGAGAUCGAGAAGGCCCACCCGGACAUCUUCAACAUCCUCCUCCAGGUCUUCGAAGACGGCCACCUCACCGACUCCCAGGUAGGUUUAGGUUCCUCUUCUUCCCCCUCCCUCCCUGCCUGUAUAAGAUUUUUCUAGCCGUCGCUGAUCGGGCCAUUGCGGUGGCUCAGGGGCGGCGGGUCUCGUUCAAGAACACGCUGAUCGUGAUGACCUCCAACGUGGGCUCCACCGCGAUCUCCAAGGGCAGGAAGAGCAUCGGCUUCAUGAUCUCCGACGACGGCGACUCGAGCUCCUACGCCGGCAUGAAGGCCCUCGUCAUGGAGGAGCUCAAGGCCUACUUCCGCCCGGAGCUCCUCAACCGGAUCGACGAGGUCGUCGUCUUCCGUCCCCUCGAGAAGACCCAGGUGCUCCUCCUCUCCCUCUUCCUCGGAGAACCUAGAGAGAGAAAAAAUUAAAAUUUCCGCGGCCUCUGAUGAUCUCAUUCCCUCUCGCCGCUCGCAGAUGCUGGCGAUCCUGAACAUCAUGCUGGAGGAGGUGAAGAGCAGGUUGGCGGCGCUGGGGAUCGGGCUGGAGGUGUCGGAGGCGGCGAUGGACCUCGUGUGCCGGCAGGGCUACGACCGGAGCUACGGCGCCCGCCCGUUGCGGCGGGCCGUGACCAGCCUCAUCGAGGACGUCGUCAGCGAGGCGCUGCUCGGCGGGGACUUCCAGCCCGGCGAUACCGUCGCCGUCGACGUCGAUCCCGCCACCGGCCACCCCGCCGUGAGCCACCACCUCGCCACCGCCCAUCCCGGGGGCGACCGCUGCUUCUCCGACGCGCCUUCCGUGCUGUAG